AUGGAGAAACGUGAGGGUGUUAGGCGUCCUUUAGAUGAUGCAGCUAAAGAAAGAAGACAGAAGAAAACACUAAGCUUGUUAGAACAAGAUAAUCAUAUUGAAGAGCCACAAACCGAUGUAAAAGCAACUAAAAAGCCUCAAUUCGGAGAUGAGGAUGAUGACAUUUCAGCGAAGCGGCGUAAAAAAAAGCGUAUAUCAAAUAUACGUUCGCGUUGUAGGAAAACAUUUGAAAUUUUACUCGAUGAAGAAUACCAAGCAACAAAAGGAGGAGCUACGGGUGCUUGUUAUUUUACUGCUGCUGCCCCUGCUACAAAACUGCCUAUCCGAAAGUUUUGUAAUGUCUGUGGUUUUAAAGGAUUGUAUAAUUGUAUGAUAUGUAGUUUACCAUAUUGUAGCAGAAAGUGUUUUGAAAUACACUCAGAUACGCGGUGUAUGAAAUGGGUUGCCUAA